UGCGCCCUGUGGUGAAUGGUGAUUGCACCGGUCCGGUCUCUGUUUUGGUAGGGCACACGCUUCAGGCUUGCUUCUUCUGUUGGUGCAGCUUUCCAUUUUUUCAUUUAUUGGCUCGUCUCGUUUCGUUCGCCCUCACCACGGAUCGGCGGCCGGACAAAGGGUAAACGAGGGUGUUUUUCCGUUCCGAACCCGUUCUUCUCUCCGACGGAUGCCAAGAUGGAAAACGCUGAGGAGAUAAUGCACUCCCUGGAAGAGUUCGCAAAGUUCAAGCCGAAAGACAUACCGAAAGAGCUGGACGACUAUCUUGGCUACGUUGCCAAGACUGGUGACCCCGUCUUCAAAUGGUCCAUCAUCAAAUGCCUCUUCAGGGAGAAGUUGGUGAACGUCAUCACAGACUUUUACGAGAGCACGCUCACGAUAGAACUGCCCCCUUGUCCCAACGUCGACGUUUUCAAUUACGAGAGGAUGAAGGCGAACCUACUGGAGAGGAUCGACUCUUUCCACGGGGCACCGUUCACCGUGCAGAGGAUAUCCGAGCUGCUCACCAACCCUAGAAAAGAGUACAACAGAGCUGAUAAGUUUAUGAGGGCCAUAGAGAAAAACAUACUUGUGGUGAGUACGAGGGAGCCCGGGAGGCAUGGGGAAGACGGCGAUGGCCAGGGCGAGGCGUCUUACAACGGGAUGCCUUACUCGAGAGAACCGCUCUACGUGUCUCGCUGCAACGACUCAGUCGACCCCGAUUCUUCGUCCCAGGAAUUCAAAGUCAAUUCAGACACCCCUGAGAAAGCCGAGGCCAAGCCGGAGGAAGAUGACGCGGAAAAACCUGCCCAGGAGGAAAAAGCGAACGAGGAGAAUAGCGUGACAAGCCCUGAGAAGGAAGAGGCUGUGAAAAGUGAAGAGAAAGAGAGUGUGAUCUGUUCGACGGUGAGCCAAAAACCAGAGCAACCGGCUCGAGAAAACGAACCGUCAGUCAGAGAGUAUGUUUCUGUAGAAGAUUUCGAUACUGUUUUUGCCUUAGAUCCAGAGGCGCAAAGAGACCUUCAGCGGUACUUCGACCAGAUGAAAGAACAAGCGAAAAACCCGGAACAGGGGGAUAAAAAGUCUAGCAAACCCACUUCUGAAAACGUACCUCAAGAAAAGGAGCCACAGCCCGAAGAAGACAAACCCAAAGAAGAACCCCAGGUAGAGAAGCGUGAGGUCGAUCUCGAAUGCAAAGAGCCUCAAUUCUCACCUGACCCCGUCGAGGACCAGCUCGUCGAGUGCGAUACUAGCAACUCGGCCGAUUCAGAAACGAGCAGUUCCUCGGAGAAAAAACAACAGGUGUCUGAGGUGUCGAGCGAAUCCGAAGAGAACGAGGUCACUUCUUGCGACACCUCUCAGCCUGCAGACCAAAGCCAGCCCGACGAAGAAGCCAAACAGAAAGACCCGAAUGAGAGAGAAGAUUCGGUUAUCCACACAACGAGGGAAGAACCCGAGCCCAUGGAAAUAGAAGAAAGCCCUACAACGACAACAAAAAAACAUGAAGCAGAUUGAGCCAAGACUUCAAAUUCUCAUGGUGAUCUAGGAAUUUUAUUUAAUUGGAUUAUUCUCUGUUACAAAUCGGGACAGUGGAUAACGAUCAGAUGCCCGAAAUAAAUAAACAAUGUUGAAGUAAAAAUUAAUUAUGGGAUAAAAAUGUUUUGUAAGCACAGGAUUUAUUUAUUUAUUAGGACUUAAGCCGAAGUUGUGAAUUUAUUGACAAACUCAUAUUUUUGUAAAUAUUUCAAUAUGACAGUAUCUCUUGUCUGUUACUGAAUACAAAUUUUCAUCUUGAAAUGUUUA